AUGACCUCGGACACUCCACGCCGAGACCUCCGGGAGGUGGAGGCAGAACGCGUAUCCAAGCUCGAGCAGCGAGCAGUUUUCAUGGCAGAGAAGCAGGCCGAACUUCAGAUCAUGCAGGAGCUGAGGUGUCGGAAGCAGGAGGACAAGACCCAGGCACUCAAACGCCAAUGUGAAGCUCAUUUGCAGUCAGUGCAGCAAGCACGGCGCGAGGCCGCUGCCAAACGCAAUGCUCGGCGACAAGAGGUGAGCAGCCGGGCCAAGGAGCUCCAGGACGGCGAAGCCACGGCUCGUGAGGCGAAGGUGAACGGCCUGGAUGCCCGACGGGCGCAAGCCAUCUCCCGGCUUCGUGCAGAGCAGGCGCAACGCCUGGAGGCACAGAAAAGCGACAAGUCCUCGAAGUCCAAGGAGCUGGCUGAGAGGCUCAAGUACGUCGAGGAGCAGCGAGAGUCAGCGAUUCAGCAGAAGCUGCGUGCUUAUGAGGCGCGUCAGCUUCGGCUGGAAAGCGAGCGGAGGGUGAAGGCAGAAGCCCAAGGCAAGGUGAAGCAGAUCCGCGCAAAGUGCGACAUGUGGAAGACCUACACCAAAGAGAAGAUGGCUGCUGGAAAGCAUGACGAACUGCUUGGAGAGAUCCGCGAUCGGCGGAUGACGGGCUUGUCACCACUUUCUUCGCCUUCAUCGCCGCAAUUCUUGACGCCCGCUGAUGGCCUGGGCCAAGGACAGUUCCAACCGCCAAGCCGCCUCGAGAGAGGCCGACCCAAAGGCCACCAGAUGAGCAGACAAGGCGAAGCCGAGAGCGAGAGGUUUGCUUCCGAGAAGGAGGACACCAGUCUCUACGAGAGCUUGAUGAACGUCUUCGAGUCGAAGGUCCGAGAACCGCAGAAGUCCAUCUUGGACCUGUGGACCUGUUUGAGGGAGUACAAAAAGGACAACUGGUGGCACACUACAGCUGGCAUUUGGGGAAUGUACGUGAUCUUCAAGAUCUUUGGGCCUUUCGGUGCCGGCACCUCAAUGGUCCUCUCAGUACUGAUCGGGGCGCUCUAUGAUGAAUGGGCCGAACCGAACACGCAGUACUCCGCUCUCGCGCACCUCCUGGGCGUGAGUGGCGAGGUUUGUGGUGGAGCUGGCGGCUGGAUCAUGUCGUACUGCAUUGGUCGAGAGAUCCUCUUGUACUUUGCCGCCGAGAAGAUGGCGACAUUGAAGCAGGAGAUGGACAAGUUUCAGGGGUCCAUGUUUCGGUACAUGUUCUUCCUGCGCGUGUCGCCGCUGUUUCCGAAUUGGUUUGUGAACUACGCAACAGCCCUGGUUGGCAUGCCGUUCUCGUAUUUUCUGAUUGUGCCGGCCCCAGUCCUCAGCCCAGAUCCAGCCAUGCGCUCCUUCGUCCGGCUGACACCAGCACUGCAGCGUGCCUGCCAAGCCGCGAGGGCGCCGGAGCCAGGAAGGGCCGGAAGGGCUCCGCCGGCCUGGGCGUAUGCCGCGGGGAUCGCAGGAGGCCUUUUAGGAGCCGGCGCCGGCUCCUGUUCGUGUGAGGUCGCUCACCGCCAGACGCUGGGAGCUCCAGUCGCCACAAACCAGGAGAUUCCAAAGGACAGGGAGCUCCGGGUCAUAAGCCUCAAGGAGCUCCGAAGCCACAAUAACUUGGAGGAAGGUUUAUGGAUUUCGUACCAUGGUCAUGUGUACGACAUCACCAACUUCGCCAAGAUCCAUCCUGGCGGUCCAGGAAGGAUUCAGAUGGCGGCUGGAAGCGACCUCCAAAAGUAUUUUGACGUUUAUCAUGUACACCCGGACGUCAGCAAGUUCCUUGACAGGACUUGCCUGGUGGGCCGCCUGAUGCCGAAGGACGCCAAGAGGUCCUACGACGAGACGGUUUUUGCAAAUCCUUAUGAGAACGAGCCGCCGAGGAAGCUGCAGCAAACGAUUGCGACGGCUCCCCGAUGGGCCAACCUUAUGGGCAAGUAUCUUCUCGACUCCUUUAGAACUCCCCUGCCUGGGUUCUAUGUGAGGAAUCAUUUCCCAGUGCCGAGCUGGGAGGAUGUCGAAGAGGAGUAUGAGUUUGAGGUCAGCGUUCCGGGCAAGGAGGGCAGGAUCUUCAAACUCAAAGACCUACGAUCCAUGAAGCAGAACACAGUCGAAGCCACCAUGAUUUGUGGCGGGGCUGCGCUCUAUCCAAGAUACCUGCAUCGCACUGACAACAGAGAGACAUGGGAAAAGGAGGCUUUCCCAAGAAACGAAAUCAACAACAACUUUUGGGGCAGCCAUGCUGUCUGGACAGGCGUCAAGUGCCGAGACGUGCUGCGCAUGAGUGGGGUCGAUGUUGAUGCUAUCGCCCUUGGCACAAAGCCGCUACCUGCAAAGUACCUGCGACUCACCGGCCAUGAUGCAGAUGAGACAGGCUCCAGCUUUGGGGUCACGAUCCCGCUAGAAAAGGCGAUUGACCCCUUUGGCGAUGUGAUUCUCGCUAUGACCAUGAAUGGCGAGCCGCUCCCUCCCGACCAUGGCUACCCUGUUCGGGUGCUUGUGCCUGGUUAUGCGGGCGUCCGAAACUGCAAGUGGCUGGCGAAGAUGGAGUUGGCCGACGAGCUGCACGAAAGCCACAUCGACACGCACACCGAUGAGGUGAUCUAUCCGCCAAAUAUGACCUUUGAGGACCAUCUGGCCAAGACUUCGCUGACAGGCGGCACGGUCCAAAGAGCCGGUAGAUGGGAGGCGCAGCAGGACAACGACAUCUUCAGGGUCAUGGAAAUGCCGGUCCACAGCAGUGUUAUCCUCCCCGAGGUGAACACGACCUUGUCCGGGCAGGAGGCAUCGAAGGUCGCAGCUGAUGGCAUCGAGGUUCGUGGCAUUGCCUUGGGUGGCGGCGGCCACCGCAUCGCCCGUGUGGACGUCUCCAUUGACGGAGGUAAGACGUAUGUGCCGGCUGAUUUGGAUGACCAUGGCAUGGAGAAGGUCCACAGAAGAAACUAUCAUUGGUCGUGGUACUGGUGGUCGAAGAAGGUACCUCUCACAGAGGACAUGAAGGGCCAGCUUGCCAAAGGGCAGCCUCUGACCCUCCAGGUGGCAUCUCGUGCCAUGACGGAGCACGGAAACACGCAGCCCAGUCGCGAAGAUGCCGUGUCCUUGUACAACCUUGUGGGCAAUAUCUGCAACUACCAAACCCACACACCGGUCCUGAUCCAGCCAAGCGCCGCAAAAGCCGCAUAA